UCUCACUCUAGGCUAGCACUGUCUCUCUCUCCUUCCCUGGGGAAAGGCUGAUCCUUAAGAGGCUUUCUCGAUCCUGAAGAAAUCAGUGUGCAGAGCUCCACGGCCUCCACCACAGCGCCACUCAGGAUGUACAGCUUUAUGGGAGGGGGCUUAUUCUGCGCCAUCGUGGGGAACAUCCUGCUGGUGGUCUCCACAGCGACCGACUACUGGAUGCAGUACCGGCUGUCGGGUAGUUUCGCCCACCAGGGUCUGUGGAGGUAUUGCAUGUCCGGCAAGUGCUACAUGCAGACCGACAGUAUCGCUUACUGGAAUGCCACCCGUGCUUUCAUGAUUCUGUCGGCCAUGUCGUGUUUCGCCGGCAUCAUCGCGGGUAUUCUCUCCUUUGCCCACUUCUCCGCCUUUGAGAGAUUCAACCGCUCCUUCGCUGCAGGAAUCAUGUUCUUCGUCUCAACUCUUUUCGUUUUGCUGGCGAUGGCCAUCUACACGGGCGUGACGGUGAACUUCCUGGGAAAGCGCUUUGGAGACUGGCGCUUCUCCUGGUCCUACAUACUGGGCUGGGUGGCUUUGCUCAUGACAUUUUUUGCAGGGAUAUUUUACAUGUGUGCCUACAGAAUGCAUGAAUGCCGGAGAGUGGCCGGGCCACGCUAAGUCAACAGGAAGAGGAAGACUUUUUUCUGAAAUGCUCUCGCAAAACCUAACCAACGUGAAGCAAUAGUUCAAUGGCUCAAGCCAAGUUACUAAACAAAAUAUAAACAUCACUUUUCUUUGGAAAUACGAGCAAUAAAUAAAAUCAUGAAAAAAAAACAGGUUUACGUCUGUCUCGACCAUUUCCUCUCACACACAAAAGAAUUAUGAGCGGAAUCACAAGCUCUGUUUUGGAGGAUGAUACAUACAGCCCAUGGAAGAUAGUCUUUUUUUGUACCAGACACUGGAAGUGCAGUAUGACAUUUCACUCAA